CAAGUAAAAGCAUCUUGUCAAUAGAACUCCAACCAGUGAUUAAUAUGUGAGUUCGCAUUCUGUUAAGAUUGUGCGUUAUCAAAAUCCCAUCUAUUUGUUUAAAGUUGGAUGAUGAUAAAAGCAUACUUCAUUAUAAAGUCAUGAGGCGACAACCCGUUAUUAAUACAGUAGUUUCUGUUCAAUUUCAAUCAGAUGAAAACUAGAUUAUACCUUCUCCCUCCCCACCAUUCCCCCAUCCCCCAUCAAGUUCCCCUCCCACGCCAUCGAAACCCUGGGCAGAAAAGCAUUGUGGGAACUGUAGUUCAACUACCACGAUCAAAGUAUAGCGAAGUAUCAGAAAUGUAACUACAGAUACCAGAGCUCAACGCGAUCAAGACCACGCGUUAUUUCCAGAUCACUGGCGCCACCCUUGUGUUCUUCUAUAUCGUUGCCACAAGAGAGGAAAAAAAACGCUAUCCUCUGCGGCUUAUUGCGAUGUCAAUCAUUGAAGAGAUUCCACGAGGUUCUUGUCAAAGCAGCUGAAACAAAUAAAUACAUAGACAAGCAAAAACAGAACAAGAAGCGAAAAAAUAGUGCAAUAAGACCAUUAAAGCGUGGCUUGUUCUUCCUUUCGUCGAUUCGAUUGUCAAACUGGAAUUAUAUAACGUUGUGCAGUGUUACAAGGUCAGAUAACCAACCAAUCAAAUUCUACAUAAUGACUAUUCAUGCCAACUUAGAAUAAUAUUAUUAAAAACGAAGGGAAAGCACUCUGGACGUCUUCAAGUGCAGUAUGUUGGGUCUCCUGUGAAAGAAAGAUUUUUUAUGCGUCUACAAGUAAAACGCACGAGCAGAGACUGUAACCUUCAAGCAAAAGAGCGACACAGAACACUUUUUUUCCAUUAGGAUCUGGAUGUGUUUUUAGACUAUCUCAAGGCGGGGGAGAUAUGUCGAUGCUUCCAACUUUUGGGUUUACUCAAGAGCAAGUGGCGUGUGUGUGCGAAGUCCUCCAGCAAGGAGGUAACAUCGAGCGGCUCGGCCGCUUCCUGUGGUCACUACCUGCCUGUGAACAUCUGCAUAAAAACGAGAGCGUCCUCAAAGCCAAGGCCGUGGUGUCUUUCCACCGAGGCAACUUCCGCGAACUUUACAAGAUUCUGGAGAGCCACCAGUUCUCUCCGCACAACCACCCGAAGCUGCAGCAGUUGUGGCUAAAGGCUCACUACAUCGAAGCCGAAAAGCUGCGGGGGCGGCCGCUAGGGGCCGUAGGCAAGUACCGCGUCCGGCGCAAGUUCCCGUUGCCGCGCUCUAUUUGGGACGGCGAGGAGACCAGCUACUGCUUCAAGGAGAAGUCACGCAGCGUCCUGCGAGAAUGGUAUGCUCACAACCCGUACCCUUCGCCCCGGGAGAAGAGGGAGUUAGCCGAGGCCACCGGCCUCACCACCACCCAGGUCAGCAACUGGUUCAAGAACAGGCGACAGAGGGACCGAGCCGCCGAAGCCAAGGAAAGGUACGAAGAAAACAACGAGAACUCGAAUUCCAACGUUACGGCCGGCGGCCACAACCAAAUGAAUCAUUCGAUGAAUGGAAACAAAAAUAUGUUAGCGAGCUCAGACGAGGAAAAGACUCCGUCUCAAACCCCGGAUCACACUUCGAGCAGCCCGGCGCUACUCUUAGGAUCCCUGGGCCAGAGCUCCAACACUAGUCUGCAGCCUCUACACACUCUGGCCGCGCCUCCAGGUCCUAGCGCCGUUGCGGUACCCAAUUCAGAUGUUAUACACCACCAUGCAUUACAGGACUCCAUGCUCAACCCAAUGUCAUCCAACUUAGUUGACCUUGGCUCGUAAAAAAAGAACAAUUUCCUUUUACCUGCGAAUAAUUAAAGACACUCUCAAGAUUAUCCUUUAUAUAUUUUACCUGACAGUUAAGCGAUGUACAUAAAAAAAACGUUAGUGGAUAUUUUGUCAACCAUGGGAAGGAAAGAUGGAUAUAGCUAUUCGAGUUAUAAGGUACUGUAUUAGAUCACAUAAGAGAUUGAUGUAGCAAAGUCUUAAGGUUUUAUAUAACGGAGGAUGUCUUUGUUUAGACAAACAAGUUAAUAUUUUACUGGUCACAAAAUCACAAUCUCGGAAGUAUUGCUCUCAAUUAAAAUUACACUACAGCACAUACAGUCACAUGCACACAAAUAUAUAUAUAUAUAUAUACAGGUUACAAGAGUGAGUAGAUUUGUAAUCGCGUGCAUAAUGAGCAUUUUAAGUUUUGAUAAAAUAUGAUAAAAAGAAUUAAAAACACGCUAUAGGAAGAUCAUUUACAUGUAGAUGAAAACUGUACAGAAAGCUGGCUUUCCUGUAGUAGAAUGCGUGGAACGUGUAAUCGCAGCUAUAUUGAACUGAAAACAAUCCGUAAACAUAUAAUGUCAUUUCAUCUAGCAUUAAAAAAUAUCUCAGUCAACAAGAAGGAAUGCUCUCACUCUGCAUAAAAAUUGUUUUAUUACUGUUUAUAUUACGUGACUACAAUCUUUGGAGGCGAAAUCCUGCUUAUUUUAUAAUAAAAACAGAGCACAGCUAACAUCCGAUACGUUUGCUUUCUUCCCUCCUGUCCCUUCAAUUAUUUAGCAACAAUUUAAUUAGAUUUUUUUUAACAUUGACAUCGGCACGGUUUUGUAUUAUACGAUUAUUCUUUAUCUGCUAGCAUAUGCUCGUUAUAUAAGGGAUGGCGGCGCUUCCAUCGAACGCGUUUACCAUUGGUGAACGUUAAAUGUCACACCGUGAGAUAUAUGUUAAAUUUGCCAUUGGGUUUAUGUGAAGAUUCCAGGUGAUUAUUGUUGGUCUAACUAUAAUGCCAAUAUAAUGCAGAUAAAGAAAAAGGGCUGGAGAAAAAAAAGUGCCCAACGGGCCUUUAAAAAUCUUGAUUACAGCUUAUUUAAAAUCACGUCCAAGAUGAGAAAACGAUCCACACAAAUCCCGUUUACUAGUUACGCCAGUGAAAUAUAAAACGUCCUGAGGCUCCAUUCCUUUCUCAAUCUCAUGCGGCUGCAGAUUUACGUCCAGUACAAAAAUACAGAUGGCUAUUUUAACCCCAAUGUAACUCAGUAUUUUUUUUUAAACCAUAACAGUAUAGCCCAUACCGUUGUCUCCAUUUUUCACUUUAUAAAAUAGAAAGAAAAUAUUUUUAAAAUGUCUUUAUUGGGUAUGUGACGUUAUUCCAGAGUUGUCAAUGUCUGCUUAUCUAAAUAUGUUGAGCACACAUGUCACUCUGACUGCUGUUGAGUGCACUUAAUGUCAUUUGAAUGCUCCAGAAAUGUUAGCCUUCUCGCUGUAAUGUUAUUCGCAAAGUCUCUUAUGAUAACUGAUGAAUGUGAUCAUAUAAUAUAACAUGGUUAUCCAACAUGAUUAUAUAUCCAUGGACUAAAGCAGCUGCGAUAUCUGGCUUCUCUUAUGCUCCGGAUACUGAAAUAAAUUAUGUUGAGCGGUGUGUAGACUGCAAUAAAGAACUCCCGGUCAAUUGCACAUUAUUGAAGAAGGCGCUACGUGCAUCUUGCUAGUGAAGUAAUCUUAAUCUAGGUUUAAAAUAUUAUAGUCAAUGGUCUUUUCACUGCAGUAAGAUGCAAUGGC